GUUGUAGAAGCAAGCAGCAUGGCUAAAAAACGUUCAUCACUGAAAAAGAGUCGUUCUGAUUCUACGGGUUCGGUAAUGAAAAACAAGAAGUUUGUGAGACCUACACAAGGAGCAAGGACAAAUUUGACGUUCAAAAAAGGCGAGCACAGUUUAAAUCCAGACCGUAAAGCGAAAGGCGACCAUUUUCGUUCCAGAGCUACAAUUAAUCGGUUACGCAUGUACAAAAACUUCAAACCCGUCAGAGAUGCCAAAGGAAAAAUUGUGAGAGCUGCACCUUAUCAAGAAAAGCUAUCUUCUGGAACAGUUGCCAGAGUUGAACCUCAUCGAAAAUGGUUUGGAAAUACUCGAGUAGUUGGACAGGAACAGCUGCAAAAAUUCCAGGAGAAUUUGGGAAAGGCAUUGCAAGAUCCAUUCCAAGUAGUUAUGCGGCAAACCAAGCUUCCUAUUUCGUUGUUGACUGAAAAAGCAAAGCAGCAACGCGUUCACAUACUUGACACAGAAAGCUUCGAAUACACUUUCGGCAAAAAAGCUCUAAGAAAAAAGCCAAAGAUGAAAGUGGAAAACCUUGAGACAUUAUGCGGCGAGGUUGUUCAACGAACCGAACAAUACGAUGAGACUGCUGACAACAGCUUGAUAAAAAAUGCAAAUCCCGAAGCAAUGGAGAAUUCAAAUCCAUUGUUUAAGGCCGGACAAAGCAAUCGUGUUUGGGGAGAGUUGUACAAGGUAAUUGACUCAUCGGACGUUGUUGUGGAAGUAGUUGAUGGACGUGACCCAAUGGGAACUCGUUGCCUCCAUAUUGAACAGUUUUUACGAAAGGAAAAGUCCCAUAAGCAUUUAAUUUUGGUCCUGAAUAAGGUCGAUCUGGUGCCAACCUGGGUCACGAAGAAGUGGCUAACGUUAUUGUCGCAAGAAUUGCCAACAGUUGCCUUUCACGCUUCUAUGCAACAUUCUUUUGGCAAAGGAACACUAAUCAACCUACUAAGACAGUUCGCAAAUCUUCAUAAAGAUCGUCAACAGAUUAGCGUUGGCUUCAUUGGUUAUCCAAAUGUUGGCAAAUCCUCAAUAAUCAAUACACUUCGAGCUAAACGAGUAUGUAAAACCGCUCCAAUUGCAGGUGAAACUAAAGUCUGGCAGUACGUUAGUUUGAUGCGACGUAUAUAUAUGAUAGACUGUCCAGGUGUUGUGUAUCCACAAGGAGAUUCGGAGACCCAAAUCAUCUUGAAAGGAGUGGUACGUGUUGAAAAUGUGAAGGAUCCAAUUAAUCAUGUACAAGGUGUUCUGGAUCGAGUAAGGGAACAAUAUCUGCUGAAAACAUAUUCCAUCGAUUCAUGGAAUGAUAUGUAUGACUUCCUGACAAAAAUUUGCAUCAAGACGGGUCGAUUGUUAAAGGGUGGUGAACCUGACUGGAACACAGCGGCAAAAAUUGUGCUGAAUGAUUUUCAGCGAGGUCGUUUACCUUACUAUGUUCUUCCUCCGGGUUGUGAAUUGCAAAAUGCACGUGAGCAAUGCGAAAAUCGGUGUCCAGAGGAAACAGCGGCGGUUGAAUUCAGCGGUUCGAAUGAUAUUGACGAUGAGGAAAGAAGUAAUAUUGCUGAUAAUAAUAGUAAUGGCGACAGCGAUGAUGACGAUCAAGGCACUCUGACGGAUCUAGGCUCAACGUGUAGUGGUCUUACUAACUUGUCGGAUUUAGACGAUUUAGAUUUUCAACUUCCGGAGGCGCCUGAAGGUACCAUCGAUGCUGGUGCUGAGCUCAUAGAAAUGAAUGAACCAAAAAUAGAAAGACGACGAGCACGAGGAAAAAGGGCGGGAAAGAAGCUUUCGGAAAAACGUAACAGAUUAAAACAUGGAAAGCCAUUCGACAAGUGCAGUGGUGUCGUCGAAUUUGGCCUUAAUGAGAAAAGAAAAGGGAAUAAAAACGGGUGGAGAAAGAAGUUGGAAAAGCGUCGACGCGUCAGACAUCAACAAUGACAAAUAUAUGUUCACUUUGACGUCGAUAAGAUUCAGAUCUUGAUGGGUUUUCCGAGAAGUAUACAUGCUGGUAUUCAGCUUUUGUUACAGUUGUCAUUAAUUGCUGAAAUGUGUGUUAUGUUGUAGAAUAAAUGAGGUUACCAUUAUUCUGGAGAAAACAUUCUAGCGAGCUUGCAACUUGACGUAUGUCAUUAGCUCAUACCAAAUUACCUGGCACCAAUACCAAUACAUGUUUAUGACUCAACCUUCGAGUAGUUAUUGACUCUUAAAAUUAUUGGUGGGAGGAGUACCACUAACCCUUUCCAAC